UCUUUUUCCCUUUUAAUCUCAAAAUUCCAUGAGUUCCUUUGCCCCAACAUCUCCUAAUACCGUUCAAAUCCCUAAACCUUUUCUUUUUCUCUCCAUGAGGUUUACAAUUUAGUUUUUAAGCUUUGUGGGGUUCUGUUUGUUGUUGUUCUUUAUUCCAUUUUUGUGUGUGUUUUUACAGGGAAUGGAAGAAAAUUACAGGAGGUUGAAGGAGAUAAACAAAAAAUUGAGAAGAGAGAUAAUGGAAAUUAUAUCCCUUUCCCAACUAUGAAUUCGUUAUUAUUUUGUUUCAUUUUAUUGGUUGAUUAGAAUGGGGGAGAUAAAGGACAAUGACGCCUACGAGGAAGAGCUUAUCGACUACGAAGAAGAAGAUGAAAAAGCCCCUGACUCUGCCUGCACUAAGGCUACUGAUUCUGCUAAGAAGGGGUAUGUUAGAAUUCAUAUUUCGGGAUUCAGAGACUUUCAGCUGAAACCAGAGCUGCUUCGAUCUAUUGUGGAUUCUGGUUUUGAACAUCCUUCCGAAGUUUUUGCACUUGCAAAGCUUAUGAAUGUCAGUGAAGAUGAGAGUCAACUUUCUGCUAUAGCUAGGCAAGGUUCAGGCAGUGCUUGUCGGAGUUUGUUUGGUGGAUUCGUUAAGUGGAUUAUGGGAAAAUUAUUUCCAAAAGCGGCAGUGGCCAAUUGGAUCUUCUGAUAUUGGAUUGUUUGUACAAGAAAGGAUCCCAUAACGUUCACUUAUGCUUACCUCAGAGCAUGUAGGAGCCAAAUUUGCGGUUCAAAUUCGAAGCCAUGCUCAAAAGUUUUUCUCUAAGGCUCAUUGUUUUGAGUUCAUUACAAGAUUUCCUUGAUUAAGUAAAUGUAUUAUGCCUUUUAUUACCAAGAUUUACUUGAUUAAGAAAAUGCAUUGUAUAUUUUAUUACCUUGCAUAUGUAUUAUUUAUUUUAGUUUUGAUUCUAAAUUUUAUUUUU